AUGCCCUGGCAACCGCUGCCUCGCAUCGCCUUCGCCGUAGCGACCUACCCCUUCGCUGCCUCGAGUCCCGCCGACUUACCCCUCGAAUUGGGCGACGAGCUGUACAUCAUUGAAGAGACACCCGACGGUGAUUGGUUUCGCGGGUACCUGGUUUCACCACCGAGUCUGCUUGCCGGUUUAACAAGCGUAAAGGGCCACACCCUCGAGGCCCGCGUAUUCAGCGGCAUCUUUCCGCGGAGUUGUGUCGAAGUACGCGAAGUGCUCGGCGAGAGCGACGAAACAGACGACAAUGAGGCCGACAGCGAGGAUGGCGUUGCGACAGACCCCCUAUACAUAGGCAGCGAUUCUGCCAAGGGUGGAUUGGUUCCCAAUGGCGAGAAAAAGAGGAGGAAAGACAGGAAUAGGGGCCUGCAGAAGAAUGGGUUGCUUUCGGUGCCAGUGCGGCGGGAUCCAAAUGCGCCUCGUCAGCCAGCCCCAGUACCAAUGCUCAAGAUUGGUGACGAGACGCCCACCUCAGCCUCGGAACCGCUCAUCGACGAGAUCGCGUCGUGCCUGCGAGAAUGGCACUCGACCAACCUCCACGAGCUACUCCUGACCCGUCAAUACGCCAAACUCGACAAUCUCUCACAGCUUAUAGUUACGCUCAACUUCUCUAGACAACAGUUUUUGCACGAUGUACUUACGACGUGGGAAUACGAAAAUCUGCGCGAGAAGACGGUUUGGGACUUGGUUCGGGUCAACAAGCUAUGCGGUGGGGAGGUUAUCGUGCGCGAUCCGCACGCCCGAGGGAGGGUGUUGACUGGAGACGAUUCGGUGGUAGAAAUAACGAGGUUGCAGUCCAUCAUGAGCCUGUUGGACGAGACACCCACGCCCCAGAUCGAACUGACGGCGCUCCACCACCUACUGGUAGACAUCAAGGGGCUGGCAGGCGCAUCCACCGAGGCGACCACUCUGGUGUUGUAUCUGGCGACCAAGACGGGAGGCGGCAAGCUCACCACCAUAUCCGAAAGCUACAUCGUCGAAAUGCCUGGCGGUGGGCAGAUGGGCCAACUGACGAGAAACAACCAAAUGCGGACGCUUUUUGCUGAUCUUACUGCCGCUGAGAUUGGAGACGUUUCCUCGAUUGAUUCCGAAUUGUUCCUCAUUGUCAAGAUUCGCGCGCCGCAACAGGUGGUUGCUGCUAAGCCUAGCUCUAGGUCUGGUUCGAUGUCGCAGAGCUUGCCACAAUUCUCCAAGGAUCCAACAAAACCACCAUUGUCUUCCGGGAACAAGUCAAUGCGCCGGAGCUUGAUGUGGGCGGGUAAGAGCACAAGGUCCGCAUUCUCCCGAGGCAACAAUAAGCUUGAUUCGCUAUCUGAGCAGCCGGAGGAAAUAGCAUCACCCGCCACAGCAGGGGCCGAGAGCAGAGAUGGCCAUCCGCCGAGCACAGCCAAUUCCAAGAACGGGCGGUCUUCCGUGGACGGAUACGUCACCCAGACUGCUGACAGGACAGUGGGUGUCGGCUUGCUCAGGCUGAACUCUACCAUGAAGCAGGAGGAUGAGGUGGAACAUAUCGUGACCCUGUGGGCCCCGUCUGCCCGGUUUGCGACAGAGCGUGGAGACGGAGAGGAAUGGGACCCGGUAAUACGUGAGGUCCUGGACAGCAAGCCCGGCUCUUAUGAGAAGUCGAGGAGAGCCGAGCGGCUCCAGGUACAUUUGCGUGCCUUCAACAACCCGGAUGCGGAUGUGCUCAUCAAAGCCACCCCCACCGUGUUGGCGGGCAUCUGCAAAACAAACAAGAUGGGAUUCUCAGGGGCGCCAACAAAACCGAGGUCUGACAUCUAUUUGACAAUCGACGAGGCGGCCCUGACCCGCCAAACGCUAUUGUCUCGAUAUGGCGGCAGCCCGGCAUCCCUUCCGAGUAGUAUUCACGGGAACAAUCUGCAGCUCACACUCGAAGUGAGGAGGCACUCAGGCGAGCGCAUCGACAAUUGCAUAUUCCCGUCUUCCAAUACCGAGUGCAUCAGCACUUGGAAGACGGUUGCUGCCGAGCGUGGGGAGCCAUGGAAACAAACCAUCAAGCUGGUGAUCGCGCCAGCGGAUGUGCACCAAGCCCAUGUUGUCAUGCAGCUUGCGGAUGCACCCAACAGCGCCUUUGCAGUCGCAUACAUGCCCCUAUGGGAUCAGCAAGCCUUCAUCCACGAUGGUUCUCACUCUUUGGUUCUCUACCGGUUGGACGAAAAUACCGUCUCUGCACAGCAAAAUGCGCAGGGCAAGGGCGGGUAUCUCAGCCUGCCGUUUGCUUUCAGGGGCAGGGAGGAGCACCAGGCAGAAGUGACCGGCCCAAUCGCCAUGGUUCGCGUGGAGACAUAUCUUUGCAGCACAAGGUUUUCCCAGGACAAGAUCAUGUUGAGACUACUGGGGUGGAAGGACUCUGCGCAGGAAGCAAUUCCUGAUCUUCUGAAGCAGUUCAUCUUUGUGGCCGAGAUUGAGGUUGUCAAGUUGCUCAACGAUGUUUUGGAUGCCUUGUUUGGAAUUCUCGUCGCCUACUCUGGUAACGAUGACUAUGAGGACCUCGUCUUCACCGCGCUGGUUAGGGUGCUCGACAUUGUACACGAUCGACGAUUCAACCUGUCUCCGUUGGUCGACCAGUAUGCUGAGAGCAAGUUCAACUAUCCGUUUGCGACGCCUUGCCUGGUCAGAUCGUUUACUCGACUUUUGUCCAAGCCAACUGAACCAGAAACGGCAAGGAAACUGCGCGCUACCUUCAAGGUGGCACGGCAUAUUCUCAAGUUCAUCACGCAUGCCCGCGGCCAGCAAAAGGUCAAGGAGGCCGGCAUUGGGAUCACCAGUACAAACCCUGGGUUCACGCGCCACCUUCGAAGCAUCUUCAAGGCCCUCGAUGCCAUGAUGCGGAGUACAGCACCGGUAUUGGUGGGAAGCCAGACGCUUGCUGUUCAGCAUUUUCACACUUGGCUCCCAGAGCUGGCUGGACUGUUGACCACGGAAGAGAUUCUCCAUAUUGCUAUUGACUUUAUGGAUUCUUGCUCCAUGGUCAAGGGCAAACUUGUCCUGUACAAGCUGGUUCUCAUCAUCAACUAUGCCAAACUGGACAUCUUUUCUCACCCAGAACAGCGGUCUGCCCUGAGCGCCAAUACCGUCAGGUGGAUUGCACCGCACUGGGGGUACACCGAGGAGGUUACCGAGCAAUGGAAGGAUCAGGUUCGGCUAUGCUGUUCCGUCCUCGCCAGCCAGGUUGAACACCUUGGCCCUGAAAUUCCCGACUACAUCCCCAAGAUCAUCCAGUCCUACCUCGCCCUCAACGCUAUUCCGAAGAAGCCAAAAGAUCGUCUAUCUCUGUUGUUCCCCACCUCAUACCCCUUCCCCAGCAAAGCGAUCACCGGAGAGGUGGUGUUUGACGAGGCGCUUAUUGAGCUAUCUGCCGUCUUGUCGGCGCUUUCUACUUCGCCAAGUGGAAUGCAGCUUGAGCUGGCAGAAGACGACCUCAAUAUCGUGGUGGAAAACUCGCUGCGGGUGCACAUGAGUAUCCUCCAGGGCGAGACGUUUCCUUCCAACUGGCUCAGCGUGCACAUCUUUCACCACAAGUCAACUAUGCGGACAUUGCAGUACCUCGCCAGCAUCCUGCUCGAGUCCUUCUUACCACAUCCUGAUGAGGCCGAGAACUUCAGCACCGAGCUGUGGAAGCUCUUCUUCACCACGCUCCUCAAACUGGUCGGCAGCCCAUCUCUUGCGCUCGAGACAUUUCCCGAGCAAAAGCGCCGGGCCGUAUGGAAGAUUGCCGGUGAUGUCCGGGAACACGGUGCCGAGCUCCUCCGCAGGACAUGGGAGGCCAUUGGCUGGGAGACGAGCCUUGAGGAGCGUGCUCGCUACGGUCUUUCCAAGAUGGGCGGUUAUCAAGUCCAGUACGUGCCGACAUUGGUUGGGCCCAUUGUUGAGCUUUGCUUGAGUGUUCACGAGGGGCUGCGACGCAUGGCUGUCGAGGUGCUUCAGACGAUGAUUGUCAGCGAGUGGACUCUGAGCGAGGACCUCAGCGUCAUACAAACGGAGAUGAUAGACUGUCUGGAUGUGUAUUUCAAGGAGAAGCCGCUGACGGAGAGCAUCUUGCAGAAGCUGUUUGUUGGAGAAUUACUAGAGCGGUUUGAGCCAUUGAGCAGGCUGAAAGACGAGCCACUCUACCAGGCUAUCAGAGAACUUAUGGGCACGGUGGACGUCUUCUUGGAUCUUCUGGUUGCUGUCCACAGUGGUGAUGGAUCGGGCGAGGCAUCACACCUCAUCCACCGUUUGAGAUUGAUGGAAUUCCUCAGGGAUAUGCAGAAGGAGGAGAUAUUCAUCCGCUACGUGCACCAACUGGCGAACCUGCAGGCCGAGGCGAGGAAUCACGCUGAAGCCGGCCUGGCGCUGAGGCUACAUGCCGACUUGUACGACUGGGACCCCCUUAGAACAACACCACCGCUGCCGGACCCCGAGUUCCCUGCGCAGACUCACUUUGAAAGAAAAGAGCGGAUCUACUUUGAUAUGAUCAAGCACUUUGAGGACGGCGAAGCAUGGAGUAGCGCGUUGGCGGCAUACAAAGAGCUCCAGCAACAGUAUGAGACCAACAUCUUUGACUUUGCCAAACUUGCCCGCACCGAAAGGGCCAUCGCCAACAUUUACGAGACCAUCGCCAAGAGCGACAGGCUGGUGCCCAAGUACUUCAAGGUCAUCUACAAGGGCUUGGGCUUCCCGGCUAAUGUCCGCGACAAGGAGUUUGUCUUUGAAGCCACCCCUGCCGAACGGACUGCCGGGUUUACCGACAGAAUGCAAGAGAUGUACCCAUCUGCUCAGAUUGUGCUUAGUGACCAGAUCGACGAUGUGGAGGGUCAGUUCUUGGUGGUCUCCGCACUGAGUCCUCACCGCGACCUGGGGCAUCAUGUCUUCCAGCGCGCCAGGGUUCCGCAGAUCAUCAGGGACUAUCUUGUCUCUGCUCACCCUCAAGAGUUUUCUGUUAGCAGCAGGAGGAACACCACCGGGCCUGUGGAGGAACACUGCGCCGAAAAGAUCAUCUACACGACUGCGGAGCCAUUCCCGACGAUUCUGAGGAGGAGUGAGAUUGUUGCCGUGCGUGAGGUCAGGUUAUCAGCCAGAGAGACUGCUCUGGAGAGAAUCGUGCGAAAGACGGCGGAGAUGUCUAUUCUAGAGCGCAAGAUAUCAGAUGGCGAAGGGGGCGACGAGGCUGUGCAACUGCUGUUUGAUGCUGUGGGCAUCAGCGUCAACCCAAAUUCCGAGAGCAGCGUGGUUUGCUACCGGGACUUAAUUCCCGGCAUGACCAGGCACGGGGCACAAUCACCUGCAAAGGACAGCGAGCUGGAUGAGGAGGAGUUUGAGCCGCCUGAGCUGAACCCUCAGGAGAAUGCCAUCAAGAUGGCGUUGGUUGAUCAUGCUAUCUUGCUCAAGAGGUGCUUGGCCACUCUCUCAAAGACUGGUGUUGAGGUUCUCACGCGACAUGUUGAGGAUCUUCAAAAGUACUUUGAGACGACAUAUGCCACAGAGAUCGCACUGUUCACGCCAGCUGCCCCGCCUGUUCGUGAGGCAAGCACUACGCCCUCACCAACAUGGCCGCGCUCCCCUCCGUCGACUGUCGGCGGUAUCCCUCACCUUUCCAAGCCCUCGAUCAGCGGCAUGUCUGCUAUCACCGGAGUAGAAGAGGCUGCCGUCAUCAGACCGGUAUCGAUCCGCCAAGGCCGCGGCGCCCGCCUAAGCUUCCUCGGUGGCCGCAAGAAGGAGCUUUCCAAGGAUGGCUCCCCACCAUUACCCACCAUCAACGGUGACGUGCAAGAGGACUCGCCCAAAGACAGCGCCGCCAGCACCAAGGAAAACCGCCGCAGCUUCAUCUCGGGCUUCCGCACCCAAACUUCAGCCUCAAACGACGCCCGGCCUAGUCUUACGGUCCAGACCAACGGCAUGGACGGGGCCGGCUUCUCCAUCUCACCAGGUGGUAUCACGGGGGGCAGCCAUCUCACCACCGCGACGACGACAACCAAUAACGACUGGGUGACGGACUCGGCUGGGGGCAGCUUCAUGGGCGGCCUGAGUGGUACCGCUACGGCGGUUGAAUCCCCGCAUGGCAACGGCGAAAAGACGCCUAGGGAGAGCACUAAUAGCAGCAGUACUACGGGCGGGAGCGUGAGGAAGCGGCUGAGCUUGCUGAGGCUGGGGAAGAAGAGUAGUAAGGAUAAUGCCAAGCAGCAGGCGGGAGUGGUGGGGCUGGGGGGCGUUGAUGAGGAGUAG